AUGUCUGUUCCCAAGUUUUUCCUGGUUUUUCUGCUUCCACUUAUUGCAGAAUGCGCAGUUGUUCCUGAAGUUGAUCCCGAGGGAAGAAUCGUUGGGGGAUACAGUGCAGCCCCUGGUCAAUUUCCCUAUCAAGUGUCUAUUCAGACAGUCGAUGAGAUUCAUAAUUGUGGAGGUUCUAUUGUUAGUUCUUCCUGGAUUCUAUCUUCGGCUUACUGUGCUCAUGACAAGGAACCAGGAGUAACAACAGCUGUUGUUGGUAGUCACCUUGUAAGCCUUGGUGGCGUUCGCUAUGGCCUACAAAAUAUUGUAGUCCAUCCUGACUACAAUUCUAGGCAGUUUCAGCAUGAUAUUGGAAUGAUGAAAACUGAUACCUUAAUCAUAUUCACUGACUUUAUCAAACCCAUCAAGAUUGCAACAACUGAGAUUGUAACUGAAAUCCCAGCAAUUGCUUCUGGUUGGGGUACCUUAGCGUAUCCAGGAGCUUACGCCAACAAUCUUCAAUACCUUCCCGUAACCAUUAUCGGAAAUGAACUCUGCACAACUCUACACACAACUACUAACGCCGCUAAACUUCAUCCUGGAGCCAUGUGUGCCCAACCAAUUAAGGGUACAGGAAUGUGCGUAGGAGACACAGGUUCUCCACUUGUGGCUAAUCUGGAUAAUGUGAGAUAUGUGCAAAUUGGAGUGGUGUCUUGGGGAGUUCCCUGUGGCGCAAACUAUCCCGAUGUCUAUACUCGUCUUUCAAGCUACAUUCCAUGGAUUUCUGAAGUUUCUGAUGCCUUUUUCAUUGAAAGGGAUGAACAAGUUUAGGCGUUCUGUCAUCUCUUUCACAAUUCUUCAAAAUGUGACUUGUAAAUGGCGAUUGACUUUGAAAGGAAAUCAGAAGAAAGCACCUUAAGAGCUUUUGUAUUUAAACAUUGAGCCUCUUAGAAGACAAUAAAAAAAU